AGUCUCGGCCAACACGUUUCGCUGCCGGGAAGAGGAAGACUUUGAGGUUGUUGUUGUUGUUUUUUUACUUAAGCCUGACUCUUUUUAUCUGUACCGCGUUAGGCCCCGCCCCUCCAUCUAGGUGGCCGACCGAGAGGCCCUAUCGGCGCUUGUGGCAGCAGCAGCCGCCUCAGCAGCAGAAGGAACCGGAGCAGAGCGAACUACGACCGCCGCGCGAGAGGCGGACGCCCGGCUCCUAUCACAGCCGCCGCUGCCGCAGCAGCCGCCGCCAACAACAUGGUGAAGAUCUCUUUCCAGCCGCCCUUCGCCGGCAAAGACCAGUCCAAGAAGGAGGCGGCCGAGGUGCUGGUGGCCGACAAGGUGAGCGCGGGUCGAAGCUGCGACGUCGGCCCGUAACCGGCCGCCCUUUAAUCUCCCUUCCCCCACCGGCGCCAUUUUGUGGUGGCGGCGGCAGCGGAACGGGAAUUAGAAGGGAAGUAAAAACACACGACGGAGAGUGCGGGGGGGGGGCGCGCAUCGGGAGCGCUCCCUCCACCAGCACUUGCACCCCAAUAACGCAUCUUCGGGGAGCAAAAUAAUGGCGCCGCUGCCUUGGCGAAGGCCUCUUUAACCCCAAAGGCAGCCCCAUUCCUAAGCCUCCCUUGGCCGCUUCAGAGACCGGGUCCUGUCAUCUGUAGCCGGACAGCUCUUUCGCCUUUUCAGACACACACCCAUCUGCCCCCCCCCUUAUUUAAACCCAUUUCGCAAUCGGCAGGUGCCUUGGAUCCAUAGCUGUCAACUUUUCCCUUUUCUUGCGAGGAAUCCUAUACAGAAUAAGGUGAUUUCCCUUUUAAAAAAAGGGAAACGUUGACAGCUAUGCUUGGAUCAGGCCGCGGACCCCCCUAGCUUUUCUAGCCCGCACCUGCAUUAGGCGCGUAUAACGUGUGUGAUAAUAAUAAUAAUAAUAAUAAUAAUAAUAAUAAUAAUAAUAAUACACGACAGCCCCUGCCUGCAGACUCAUACUCCCAAAAAAGACGACACCAAAAAAGAGAGAGGAACUGAUAGUGACAGUGGUGGUUUUAAGGGUAAGGGGAGAAUUAAUGCUGCUGCUGCUGCUGCUGCUUGUGAUUUGGAUUGCAAAGCUGCCUUGAGUGUAUGUGAAAUUUAAGUAAUAGUUGCUGGGUUUUUUAAUAACAACAAUAGCAUUAAAACAUAUUUUCUCCUGCGUUUGACUGGGUGUAGUGUGCUGGUUUGUGACUCCCUUAGUCCAACACUUGCAACCCAGCAGUGGUUUAGUUGUGGAGUAGCCUGCUGCAAGCAUCCCAGACACUGCACCUUAUAAAAGGAUGCUGGUGUUCCAUAACACAAUGGUAUGGCAGAUGCUUUGCAUGAAGAGGCUGCCAGGUUUUAAUCCCUUGCCUCUCCAGCUACAUAAAGGAUCUCUGCUAGCAUGUGCAAGACAUUUGUCUGAGAUCCCGGGACACAGUAGUUUAAGCUGACAUUGAUUCUAAGUCCACCGGUUAAAAGUGCAGAAGUAGGUCACACCCACACAUGUAAGGGGGGGGGACGUUGCACCUGUGUAAAUGUACCUGUUCAUUAUGGGGGUUUCUACUUUGCCUUUUAAACAACUUAUCAGUGUGCCUACCCAAAAUAUAUACAUCAGAGUACACAUAUGGGUAGUGUUGAAUGAGCCCUAGGCAAGUGGGGGUAGGAUUUGAGCAUAAGUCUUCCACUUCUUUCAGGUUCUGGAGCCCUCUCAAAUGCAUUAGGGGACCACUUCUAUUCUUCUUUUAAACAGGCUUCUUUUAAAGCCUGUUUCAUAGUUGCCCUAAGUGUUGUAUUGGUGGGUUUUGCUUAUUUACAUUAGGAUAGCUAGUGUCUGUCUUUUUCUGGCCAAAUGCUCUUUUUUGUGUUUUCCUGCACAAAAGUUGUGACUCAUUCUCAAUUUAAAGAAGUGGUUGAUUGACAGUGCAUAUGUUUGUGCAUGAUUGCAUUUGGAAAUGGUUGCAAACAUGUACUGGGGAGCAGCAGGCAGUUGAAGAACACCACAUUGUGACACAAAUACUUGCUUCACUUGCGAUAGCUGUGUGCCAUCUCUUACUUUGUAGCUUGUAAAGCAACCUUAAUUGCCUCGGUACUAACAGAUCUCUGCUUUAUCCUCAUGUUGGAAAUAGCUACACUUCCAUUGCAGGAUAGAUCCGGGUAGUGGAAAGCUGGUUGAUUGUAGAUCCCAUGUGAUCACUGAAUAUUUUAAAUCCUUAAUUUUCAGUAAAAUCCACAAUGCAUUAGAAACUAAAUGCAAGCUCUUAAUAACAUAAUCUUAAAUUUGGCCUUCUAUCCCUGCCCAUUUUUACCUGGGAGAAAGCUCACUAAAUGCAGCGUGGCUUGUUUCUGAUGAAAGAUGUACAUUUGAUUGGUUUGCAGAUAUGUCUUGACUCUGAUGGAGAGUUCAUGCCUAAAUUUGAGGCAUGUGAAGGCCUAGUUCCAAAACUUUUGAGUUUUCAUUUAUACAAAAGUGUCUCAACAUUACAGGUGAUCCAUAUUUUAUGGUUCUAAGCAUAUUUACAUGGAAGCAAAAUCUACAGAAGGCCCCAAUAUUUCCCUUAGCAAAACAUAACAAAGAUAACCAUCACAUGCAUCCUCCUCACCCAAGAGGAGUCUGACUAGACAACCUUGCCUAGUUUCCUGUCUAGUAGUCAAAAAAACAGGUAUGAGUGGUGCAUAAAUAGAAUCCUUUCAAACAUCAAAUGGAAAUGUUGCUUUGUUUUCACAGAUGUUUCCUCUCUUCUUACUUUCAUUUUAGGUGAAAUAAUUGAACUGAAAUGUGCCUGAACCCUUAUUUCCUACAAAUUUCCAACAAGUGGCAGACCUGCUUUUUCUAGUGUUACAGUUCACUUUUCUCAUAAAGCAAAAGCAUUAUGAGAAAUUUGUUUUGCAAUUCAGCAUUUGUAUUGGCAUAAUGAUUCAGAGGGUGGAGGCUACUGAUGACUAGCAAAGUUUAUGCAACAUCCCCGGUUUGGUUCCUGAUAACCAGCCAAAGAACCUCUUGGAGCAGAGAGUCUGGGAAAUAUUUCUUUGUGAGCCUUUAGGAGAUGCUGCUAGGCAGGCUUGUAAUACACAUGAUAGGUACAGACCUGUCUUCAAAUGUUGGGUUACUAUGUAAUCUCUGUAAAGCAGUGGUACAAUGUAAUGUGCCAAAAGGAUGCAAUGUGCCAAAAGGUACUCUCCGCCCCCACAUUCAGUCCCUCAAAAAUUUCCCAGUCAGGUUAUAGACUAUGCAUAACUAAUUUUCAUGUCUUUCUCUAAUGUUAUAAAUCACAUAUUCUACUCCCACCUCUAGACAGGACUGCAGCAGACAUCCAAUUGGCCUGGAUCUGCCACUGAUUUGUGUAGUUGGACCAAUAGUCUGCUGAAUAGACAAUAUUGGGCAAGUUAUAAGGCAGCUUCAUAUGUUUAAACAUGCAACUAUUAGUACUAUAAUGAAAUUUGGCAGGUAGUUACUUGAAAAGAAUGAAUUGCUGUUUGGGAUUGUGAGAUUAGCCAAUUAAUGUGCAGGCUCACUUGUUAUUAAGUAUCAAGAAGACAUGCAUGACAGUUCUUUGGGCAGAAAGGAAAUACUGUUGUGGCUGUUAACAUUCUAAUACUAAUUUUGCUAUUUACUGCAGAAUGCUAUUUUAUUAUCUGCAGUCUUGCAAAACUUAUACUUGAACAUACAGUUUUAACAUUUUGAACUGUCUAACAUUGCAUAAGAGUCUAAGGUCGAGUUUAUUGCUUUCUGAUUUUUUUUCUGGUGGGCUAGGGGCGCAACUGUUUGUGUAUUAUCCUGUGUCUGGCACAUUCAGAAGAAUGUUUAGCUUUCCAGCUUCAGGGUUGUUCCCCACCCUGCAAUUCAGUGAGUUCCUUGCAAAAAGGGAAGGGCUAAAAAGAGAUGAUUGUAAAUAUUUUGGUUUUGGUGUUACUAAUAUUGGGAUUUUCUGUAAUACAUGAAGUUGAAUUAAACCAGGCUUUGACUGGAAUAAAAUAUAUAUUUGUGCAUGAAAUUAAAUUGUCUUGAUCUUUGCAAUAGUACAUGAGUAGUUGUCCCAAAAGCUGAUGUGGAAAUAACCAGUGUUGCUAGUAAUUACUUGUGAACUGUGCAGGAACAGUACAUUUUAUGAUUGUACAGGUAGCACAUUGGUGCCUGCUCUUUUCUUCGUUUACACUGGAUCAGUUAAAAGGCAGGUUACAACUUGACCACGGUGCCUGACUCCGGAUUUUUGAAGAUGCUUGGCUUCAACUAAAUGACAUAAUUGAAGCUGGAAAAAGCAUAUUUAAUUUUAACAUGCUAGCAUCAGAUUUCAAGAUGCUUGAGCAAACUAGUGAAGAAAUCUUCCUGGCUUGUAUAUACACAGCUGAACACUUGAUGAAGUUAACUACAUGUAGAGCAGAACUGAAAUUAUAUUAGACAAUUAUAUGGAUUCUGAAACUUUAGAACCCAAGCUACUUGCUUACUAAAAGUGCAAAUAUGUUUUGGCUGUUAGUAUUGCCCCCCCCUUUUUUUAAAAAGCCACAUAUCUAGCACUGUUAACUGGCAAAAUUGCUUCAACAGCAUAUUAGGUUCUCGGAGAACUAGAAUAUUAUUUGCAUAGUAGAAGUUCAGAAUCUGCUGAUGCUUCUUUUUCGAUAGUUUAUAACUUGCUGUUCCUCUUCUAAAUAUGAGGGUGGAGAGGUAAGCAGGAGGAAUGUCUCAUCUUGCCAACCCUUUGAAUACUUUCAUAGUCCUACUGUACUGAUUAUUUGAGUGGACAAAGAUCCUUGAAAUCGGUUCAACAUCUGAAUUUCCUGUUUUAAAACUCAGUAUUUUUUAAAAAUAUUGCAAACGCCACACUGAAACCUCUCAGCUGAUAAUGCUCUUGAACAAACAAGGCUAAGUAUGCAUGUCAUUGAGUCAUACUGCUUUUGUUUUUAGAAUUAUGGAAAUAAUCUUCCUUUUGAAGUCACACACCUCAUAAAUAUGAUCUUGAUGUUAGCAACUAUGGAUUGGAAGGUCAUCAGAAUUUUGUGGUUUUGUGUAUAUUUGCAGUUAACCACAACCCCUUUAAAUGUUCUUUGCCAUAAAUAUGAGCAAGGAGCAAAUGGUGUUGAAUAAGUAAAUUGACUUUUUAUAACUUUAAAGAGUUAUAGAAGUUAUAACUGCCAGAUGUUACUGAGGAACAGCUCCAAUCACCCCUGACCAUUGGCCAUGAUGUCUGGAACUGAUGGGAAUUGGAGUUCAACAUUUAGAAUGCCACAGGUUCCCCAUCCCUGCCUAACACUUAAGGAAGGAUUGACUUGGAAGGGGAGGGAACAAUGAGCUUAAUUAUGUUGAGGGAAGUUUAAAAUGUGAAACCUUUAUUUUUGCAGCCUAGUAGGCAAAAUUCACUGUAGCAUCGUUCUGUAAUUUAACAGGAGGCACAACUCCAUCUGUAGUUUUUUAAAGGCAAUUCACUGCUUGUGUUUAAAGCAGAUGUUAUGGCAUCCUUGUUUUAAACACAAACAAAGGGCUCAAAACACAUUCCAUUCUGCUAUGAAUGAAAUAUAGGUGUACUAUGGCAUCCUUGGGUCAAACAUUUCUCAAGGGUGUUGUCUGGUACUGUUGGCUUUCACCUUGAAGUGUGGUAUCAUCCUGCUGAGUCAAGGUGAGGUGUAAUUAGUUAAAGAAAAUAUUGUCUCCAAGACAACAAAGAACUUAAGUUCUCUCUCUCUCUCUCUCUCUCUCUCUCUCUCUCUCUCUCUCUCUCCUGAAGGAUCCAGAAGUUGCAACACAUGGGCACGAAAGUUCAUCUGGAAGAUGUCUGCUGAUUCUUUUGGGUCUUGCGCUUAUAUUAGCAGGAGUGGUGGUUGGUGGAGCCUGCCUCUAUAAGUACUUCAUGCCAAGGGUAAUGGAAAUACAACUCUUCCCCCCUUUUUUUCUUUUGCAGAUAAAAUUGACAAAUUUGAUAAACAUACAAAAUAAGCAUAAUAUUCCACACAGUGUAAGCAUGAUAUGUAACUGAAUUGGAAUAUGGGUCUAAACUUAGAUCUGCACCUCAGAGCGGUGGCACUGAGGAAGCUAAGAACUUAAAAAGUGAAUAUGCCUAGAUUCCUCUCAUGUUUGUGACUGGGACAGCCAGGGUUAUCUUGCUGAACUGAGGCCUCAGUCCUGGGAGCCACCAUCUUGGCUUUCCCCCUUCUUGUCCUUGUACUGUGAUUGGCCCCAUGGGGCCCUGUGAGAUCCUUGGGUCUUGCAGGAUCUCGGAUGCAUCCUUCCCUGAAGCUUCCGUGUCUGCCUCAGUAGGACUGGCAUUCUUGGCAGUUCUGCUGCUUGCCAUGAUUUGGGUGCCAGACUCUGCACUGAAGCAUCCUGAGAUGGUAAGCUGGCCUUGGACAUCUUAGUGGUGUUGGGGACCAAGUCUUGUCUUCCUGCCCCCCCACCAAAAUAUUUUUUAAAAAAUAUGCAGGAAAGUUCAAAACUUUUAUUUAACUGUGUGAUUGUAGCAGAUCUGCUAUUUUCUUGAAGGACUUUGCAAACACAACUCAAACUGCUGUGAGCUUAUACAUUAACAGACUAUAUAUAAGCCACAUGUUCUGAACAAAGUUUAAUAGACAAAACAUUGAGUCAGGAGGAAUUUGUGGAAAUGUUUAAUACAAGUAUUUGUUACAAAGUGCCAUCACACAAUUCACACAUAGAAAGUCACCUUUUCCGCUUGUCUGCACCAGUCUUGCACAUAUAUUUUACAAGGGAUUAGGUACAAUUGGAAUGUCAUUUAUUACUGUUCUCUCGUGCAUCCAAUGAAAUGGAGAAAUGCCUUCCUCUAAUAAACUGAAAAGACUUAAACAAAUGUGAAACAGUAUCCUGUACAUUUGUUCCACAUUAACUCAAAAAAUUACAGCAUCUUUGCUGGAAAACAACAAACUUGGAAGUAAUUUGUAUUUCUUUGCAUAUAUCUCUUACGCACCUCUGAUUUUUUGUUGUUUUCGAACUGUAAUUAAAUGACUUUAUUGCAACUAACAGAACCACAAAAACACUUGCCCUCAUUAGAUUUUUUUUUUUUUGCCCAAUAUUGAUUUUAUUUCAGGUGACACUACAGAAGUGGAAAGUCUGCUAAAAUGCAUUAUGAUUGUGGCAAACCAAUGCUGGGUUAUACACAGCUAAGUUAUACUUGGAGUAGACCCAUUGCAAUUAACAGACCCAAGUUAAUAAUUUUAAAUGGAUCUGCUCUAAAUAGCAGUGGAUAAUCUGUCCCUAAAAGAAGUCUCAUAAUUGAUUACUGUGAUUUAUUUUUAGCGUGCAAUGAUGCGUGGGCAGAUGUGUUAUGCGGGAGAGGAUCAGCAAGAGCAGGCAGCCGAACCCUACUUCUUGCCCAUUGCUGAAGAAGCUGACAUUCGUGAGGAUGAUAAUAUUGCCAUCAUUCAGGUUCCUGUUCCAAAAUUCUCUGACAGUGAUCCUGCGGCUAUUGUUCAUGACUUUGAAAGGGUGAGUUGUGACAAGUCUAGAACUUUCCUUUUUGAAAAUUACACCAUCUGUUGAGUUUUCAUAAUUGGCAACACAAAAAAACAAACACCCUCAUCCUUCUACAUCAAAUAACAGAAAUGAUGAUAGUAACAGCUAGCCUUGUUGCUUGCUUUAAUUUUGGUUCACCUGGUGCAAGUUAGUACAAGCACAUAAUUCACAGCUUCAGCUUACUGGCUACUAGUCUUGCCUAAAAAAAAUCACGAAUGUUUCUCCCUUUUUGAGUCCUAAUUUUGUGUGUUAAAUUGUCCAUUAUUAGUCCCCCGCCCCUUUUAAAAUGCAGUCUCUUUACAUUUCAGGUAGCAGCUCCUGAGGGUGUAUACUUGUGUUAGGAAAAGUUGUGGUGGGCAGUUUGGGAGCUACCAUUUCAAGGAAGAGGGAAACAAAAGACUGAAGUGGAGAGUGUGGGUCACAUGUGGAUGUAUCACAGGCUAGCAGUUCCCACCCCUGCUGUAGCCUGUCCACUGGUAGCAGUUAUUCAUUAUCGUGUAUAGGUUUAAGAAAGUGCCUUAAUUCAGAGUGAAAAUAGGUUGAAACUUUGUGCUGAAAGACUGAACGCAUAGUAAUGGUGAUCCUGGAAAGGGGCUGGUGCCUUACAUUCCACAACAGUAGUGUUCUGGCUGUAACUGUGUUUUGAGAUACAUAGGUCUGCCAUGCUUUGCAGUCUAUAAUUCUAUGUAUUUUUUAAGAGUAUGAAUGUAACUAUGCAAAGCUGCUAUUUAUAAAACUUUCCAAUAAGGUUGGUAAUCAACAUAGACUUAACACUUAUUUUCAGAUAAUAAAUCUCCUUUUUUAUUCUUGGUUCUGUUGUCACUAUGUCAUCUUCUCUCUGCCACCUUAAACUUGUUACAUGACUUGUAAGUGAUUUAUGUGCAAAUUGCUUAUCUUCAAAAUGGAUGUCAAGAAUGUAUUACUCUAAGACCUUUGGUUAGAAUGGCUGUUUUAAAAAGUUAUUAGCAUCUUUGCUUGCCAAAAUAGAUUCUCUUACUCCAUUGGAAAGGACUCUUUCUCUGUGUUGGAAGGGAACCUUUUGAUAAAUCCCAGUACUUGAAACUUUAUUGCUUCUCUUCAAAUCGGUUACAUAAUUUCAUUGAUUUAAUCUUUAAAGCACUUGGAAUAUUUUUAUAAGAACUAAUUUAAAAACAAUGACUUAAGGAAGUUAAGUGAAGGAAAGUUUUCUGCCCCCUCUUCCCACCUAUACUCACUCAUUAAGACUCCUAAACUGCCUCUCUAGAGGGUUGGGGAACCCUCUUGAAUAAUGUGGAACUGAUCACACGUUGCUGCUGGAAAAAGGAGGAGACGGGAAAAUUUCCUACUCUUGAGAUUCCUUCUGUUAUCUUAGAGACCAAGACAACAGGCAUAUUAAUGUAUGUAUUCAAAUUACUGAGAUUUCCUGUUUCUUCUUGCAGCUCCUGACUGCCUACCUUGAUUUGCAGCUGGGUAACUGCUAUGUGAUCCCUCUGAACACAUCCAUUGUUAUGCCACCACGGAAUCUGAUGGACCUCUUUUCAAAAUUAACGGUUUGCAUUGUUAUAUUUCAGUGUAACAUGGGGAAGAGUUUUCUUUUUCUAUGAAGACAGUGAAAUGUAUUAUUGUUUAUCAAUGGUAUCUUUUCUUCAGCGAUAUCUUUCUUUAGCUGGCACGUAGCUUGCUUACAAAAAGUCUGUUGAUGACCAGUGUUGGUUGACUGAUGGCUUAUUGAGAGCAUCUGUAUCACUGAUGCCAAAAGUAUAAACACUGUUUUCAGUAUGAUGCACGUAAUGUUUUUAUUUGCGUCACUCAGAAUUUAUAGGCAGAGAUAGGACAAGCCUAACUAUGUCUAGACCUUCUUACUUGCAUUUAGAUGCAGGCAGCUGAUGAGACUGAAUAGAUCUCUACUUAACUUUGUUACAAGCCCAGGCAGGGGCUGCUUCCUAAAUCAAGCAUACUUAAAUAGUAAACUACAUUAAACUGAGACUUCCUUACAAGUGGAUUGGUGCGGGGAGCCUUUUUCAGUCUAAGGUUCACAUUCACUUCUGGGCGGCCUGGAAGCCAAAUGCCAACAGGGGGUGGAGUAAUGGAUUUAACUACUACCUUGGUACAGGAAGCUAUAUUCUAGCCAUGCAAAAGUCACAGGUUUAUACACACACACACACACACACACACACACACACACACCAUACUAGGAAGCAAGAGAAAUUAUCAUUAUUCAUGGACAAAUCCUUCUUCAGAAAUUUCUAUCAAGUGCAUUUGGUAAGAACUCCUAGAAACAUGACCCCAAGGAAUAACCUUUUGUGAUCAAGAUCUGGGCACACUAUCUGCAAUAAAUCUUGCUUUAAUCAUCUGAAGUUUUCACCUUUUCUCAUAGAUUCCACAUGUAUAGUUGCUCCCUUUAUUUAAAGUUCCUUUGCAAAUGUGAAUCUUCUUCUUUGGGUAUUGAAAAAAAAGAAUUGCAAAUAUUCAUAUUGGUGAUAUUUGUGUUUUUCUACAGACUGGUUCCUAUUUGCCUCAGACUUACCUUGUUCGUGAAGAAAUGGUUGUGACAGAAAAGAUUGAUAAUGUGUCGGAUCUGGGCAUUUUCAUUUACCAGCUCUGUGUAGGGAAGGAAACUUUCAGGCUUCAGCACAGAGAUAAGACCAAUGGUGAGUAUUUCAACUGAGAAUGUAAACUUAGCUUCUUAUCUUAAGCAGAAAAAAAUAAAAUCUAAAAAUCUUCUGUAAGCUUCCAGAAAGAGCUUUACUUGACAAAUCUAUCUAGUUUUUUUCUUUUUUAAUUUUCCUUUAAUAGAAAAGGCUUUUUCUUUCUAAGGUUACAUAUGGGAAAGUGGAGGUACAUGGUGAAACUAAAUCAUUAAACUGGUGAAAAGUCAAUGUUAACACCUCUAGCAGUAGUUCAAGCAUGAAUAUUCUGAUAAAGUCAGAAAUUUAAGAUUUUGUUCAGAAUCUAAAAAUGUUUGAACAGUUAGCUGCAUUGGUGUCUUGCUUGAUGGUAUUUUGGAAGUAUUUGGUUCAGUAUUUAGCUAGUGAAAUGUGGGAAACUUCACACAGUGGCUCAUUUCCAGGGUAGGAAAAGUGUUUGUACCCAACCUGCACAUCACUAUCCCUAACACUCCUUCCAGAAUUGCAUUUCCCUGGUUUUAAAUCAAUAGAUACAUUCAGCUUGGCACAUGCAGCCAUAAACAGACUAACCAGGAAAUAAAUCUUCUAUCUGAAAUCUUCAUAUACUGUUCAGCAUUAAUUGGUGUUGUGUUCUCUUAUUUAGGCCUUCAGAAACGCUCAGCUGAAAAGUGUCAUUCAAUCCGGCACUUUGAAAACUUGUUUGUUGUGGAAACCAAGAUCUGUCAGCAGUGAAAAGUACAGGGUAGAAAGUGACAAUCACACAUCUUCAUUAAGAAGUCGAAGCUUUAUAUCUUUAUUUUCAGAAUUAAAACAUGCAGUGAUAAUCAAAACCUUAUGCUUUUUUGUGGGUUGCUUAAAUUUAAAAACAAAAGAAGGAAAUUCCAAAUUUACCAUGAUUUUUUCUUUGUGUCCCUGGUGUGGCUAAAUUUUCUAGCUUUCAUUCGCACUUGCUAACACAAAAGUGAAUACCCUAUACCCACCUGAUUAUCGGUUUCACAGCAUAGUCUUACACAUCUACUUGGAAGUCUUAUUUUGUUAAGAGACUUACUCCAAAUUAAGUGUGUAGGAUUGCAGCCUCAAACUAAUUUAAAAAAGGACUGCAAGUAGCAAAUUCCUACAUAGAAAUGUAGUCCAGUCAACACCUGACUCUUUACAGAAUGAUGAAAGUAACACAUUAAUAUCUGGUUUGCACAUUUAUGUGUAGCUCUGUAGGAUUGCUCUACGGUAAGUCUGGUAAGAAACUACAUCAAGACUUCUAAGGUUUAUUUGAACUUCAUAGAAAAAGCAUGUAAACUAACCUUGGUAAUCAUAAACAUUUUUUUCCAUUUUGUGCAAUUACUGUAUUGAACUUGUAUGUAUAUUUGGAACCUUCCCUGAGUUGACUUUAGUACUUCUUUAUUUUGGUUCUUUGGUGAUAUUUAGUUAUAUGUUCAGGAGCAGUUACUCUUUAAAAGCUUUUAUGUUAGUAUUUUGCCGCUGGACUGGUUUCAACAUCUUUAUUGCAAGCUUAUGUAAUUACAACCUGAUUUGGCCCAAUUGUCAUUGUUUCUGUAGCUGUGAAUUUCAACCCUCCAAACCUAUAUUUGAGAAUAACUUCUUAUAAGCACAGUAGCACUAAGACUGCAGUUGAAAGUAUUAUCUUUGCUGAAGACUGUGGUACACGAUGGUAAAGGGAUUGUUAGUGAGCUGCUGAGUGUUUUGUAUAAGGGACUUUAUAUUUCUCACAAAUCCUGCAGCCCUCCAAUAAAUGUUUCUUUAAGACUAUGGUGGUGGUCUCACUUUGUUGGCAAUAAAAGUAAUUGUGAGAGGGAAUAUUAAUGCUGUCAAAAUAUUGGUAGCGUAUCACUCCUGCGCUGAAACUGCUAUAGUCAAGAACCAUGUAUUCUACAGUACUUCAGAAUGUUAUAUUAGGUGCAGAAUCUAGUUUCCUGAGAAACUUAGGCUUUCAUGUUUGUGUUUUGCCAUCAUUGUUCUGAAUUAUAGGCAAAGAUUUGUGUAUCUCUAGAGCUAAAGGCGUGGAGGAAUUGAUCACAGGGUUUCCUUUUCUCUCACAGACUAACAAAGAAUAAAGUAUGUAACUUGUAUAUAGUUGGAGAAUAAAGUAUGCACCUGAGAGAGGCAUAAUUUAGCCUGCUGAAUUCAUUUAUUCAUGGGUGGGGUGAGAGGUGCUUGUGAAUCCUGUUUACUGAAAACCUUCCCAUACACCAAAUAAAGAAGCUGUCAGAUA